AGCAUCCGCAGACCGCUCCCGUAUCCCGAGCAUCCACCGAGCAUCCACCGAGCAUCCACCGAGCAUCCACCGAGCAUCCACCGAGCAUCCACCGAGCAUCCACGACCCUCCGCUUCUCUGUUUCCCGAUAAGAAAAACGUCCUUUUCCCGGUAAACCCUUGAUCCAUCGCCCCCUGUGAGGAUGAGUAAAGAAGAGGCCGAGCUGGAGCUGAAGGAAGCCCAGAAAGACGCUCCUUCUCCAGCUGGAGCUCCGGACGCUGCCCCUGCGGACACCGACGCCACGGAGGCCGAUGUGAGCGAGGCGGACCUGGAGGAGCCGGAGGAGCAGAUGCCGAUGACCGCGGGGGAGCAGCGGGACACUCCGGGAGACGCAGCCGCAGAGGGGACCGAGAGCAACGGGGCCGUGAAGUUGAAGAUCCCGGAGGACGAACCGGAGCCGGAGCACUUCACCGGACUGAACAAAGAGCAGCUGAUGCGCGUGGCGGGCACUCCGGGAUGGGUCAGGACUCGUUGGGCUCUCCUGGUUCUCUUCUGGCUGGGCUGGUUGGGGAUGCUCGCCGGUGCAGUCCUCCUGAUACUGAAGGCUCCUCCCUGUAAAGAACUUCCUGCUCUCAGAUGGUGGAGUGAAGGUCCUCUGUUCCACAUCAGGAGCCUCAAGGACUUCAGUGAGACUGGAGACAUCAAAGGGGUGGAGCAGCAGCUGGACUCUCUGGUCCAGAUGACAGUCCGGGGUCUAGUCUUGGGUCCAGUUCAUGAGGCUCCUAAAGACGAUCCCACAAACCUGAGCUUCCAACAGGUCUCUACCGACGCAGGAAGUCUGGACCAGAUGAAGAGCCUCCUGCACUCUGCUCACAAGAAAGGUCUGAUGGUGGUCUUAGAUCUGACUCCUAAUUACUCUGGAUCCUCUGGUCCCUGGUUCAGUGAGAGCAGUGUGAGCAGUGUGGCUCAGCGCCUCAAGUCUGCCUUGGUCUUCUGGUUGAGUCUGGGGGUGGAUGGGGUGAAGCUGGACUCUGUGGACUUGGUCUUUACUCAGGUCCCAUCUCAGUGGAGCGAUAUCAGAGCCAUAGUCCAGAACUGGACUGACCCAAGACCCCACAAGAGACUCCUGUUGGGCUCCACCGUCCUCUCCUCUCCCUCUGAGGUGAGUACCCUCCUAAAUGACUCGGGGGUGGACCUGCUCCUGUCCACAGUCCUGUCCUCUCAGACGGACGCCAUGGAGCGCGCUCAGGCCGUGCAGCUGCUCAGUUCCGCCCACAGCCUUAACCAGCUUCUGUGGAGCCUGGAGCCAGCAAAGGGCGCUGUGCAGCAAGACUGUGACCCCAUGGACCUGAUGCUACUCCUGACCCUCCCUGGGACUGCCCUGAUCCAAGACCGGAAUCAAGGCCAGACCAGGGACCAGACUGGGAUCAGAACCACACAGGGCGAAACAUUUCCCAAAGUGACCCAAGACCCAGACCAGGACCAGAACCAGACACAGCAGGAUCCCCGUCCCUCCCCCUGCCCCCUCCUCCUCUCCUCUCUCUCCUCUCUCAGGUCUAAAGAGCGCUCCCUGCUGUUUGGGGACUUCUCACUGGUCUAUAACUCGUCCUCAGUCCUGGCCUUCCUCAGGUCUUGGGACCAGAGUCCUCAGUUCCUGGCUCUGUUUAACUAUAGUCCAGACGAGGUCUUCAGCCUGUCCCAGCUGCUGGCCCAGCAGGGGCCUGAAGGAGGUGCUAUAGCCACCAGGGGCAGGGUGGUCCUCAGUUCCAACUCCACAGGCCUGACUCCGAACGUAGACCUGGACCUGAGCCAAGUCCAAGUGGGACCACAACAGUCUGUGCUGCUCAGGGUCCCACACAGCUAAAUACUCACCCACAGGGAGAAUAUCCUCCUGAAGGGUACCUGAAUAAAGAAAACCUGAUAUAAAAAGUACCUACACAUACACAGAGUACCUAGAGUUCCUCCUUAAAGACAGAGUAGCGACUGAUCGGGGCUGGAUGUUGCUUCAGAACUGUGAAUUUAGUUUUUGUCUCAUCUCCAUUUGGACCUGUUCAGUUUGAUGCAAAAACUUUCAAACUCAAGAAUCUGAAAUUUUUCAUUUUCAAAAAUAAAGACAGUAAAAAACAAUCCUGGAAAAAUGUAUUCAUGUUUAGGCCACUGACCGUAUUUACUGUUGGAAUAUAAAAUCAAUGGUAAUUUAAAUGUAUUUCUGAUGGCCACAGAGGCUUAUUAUAUUACAUUAUGUUAUUUAACAAUACAUGUAUGUAGAACUUUCAAAAUUAUUACCGGUAGUUUCUGAUUAGUUAGAGAAAAGUCAGCAAAGCAGAAAACAUCAAGCCCUGAUCUUGGUCUUUAAAGAAUACCUAACAGUACCUAAACAGUAUUUAAAGAGUUCCCAGAGUCCCUCCAUGUUCCGGAGAAAGACCUCUGUGUGAUGUUUGUGGUGUUUCUGGUCAUGUGACUCAUGUGAUUUAUGUUGAAGCAAAAAUAAAAAGAUAUAUAAAAAUG